UUGCAACUGCGGGUGCCAAGGCGGCUUAUUCAGCUAUAAGUAACACCGCAGGAUUCGUCCUUCUAACGACGUCUUCUCACACCCCAAUCUGACCACGUCUCUCACACCCCAAUUUGGCCACGAGCACUUUCUCUCCUCGUGCAGGGAACUGAGCUGCUCCUGCGCGAGCUCGAGUCACACCUGAUCUGGUGCCACCGGGCCACGGGGCCACCACCUUAUACCAUUGCCGCGCCAGCACCCCGCCAGCACCCCGCCAAAAAGUCCACCACAAUCGUCAGGUGCAGAAACACGUCGCUAUCCACCCUGGAGGUGUUCAACGUUUUCUUCAGGCGCUGCGCAUAUCAUGGAUGACGAUCCUAGCCUCCCUAACCUUUCAACAAAGGGUCUUGAUUGGCUUGGGGUUGGGGUAUCGGGCAUUGUAUAUGCUCUAGAUGAGCACACCGCCGUAAAGGUCGCUCCUAUAUGGGACAACGACGACGCCGCUACCCGCGAAUCUCUUCAAGAGCUCCUCAUCGAGAGAUCUAUAUACGAGCGUUUAGGGUCUCAUCCUCGGAUAUGCCAAUACUUCUCUUCUAUUCAACGGGGCAUUCUUCUAGAAAGAUUCGGAGACCCGAUCCGCAAACAUCUGCGGGCACUCUAUGAGCAAGGGAAGACUCCGUCACGCAAACAGGCCUUAAAGUGGUCGUAUCAACUUGCCGAAGGAAUCGCGUACCUCCACCAAAAGGGGGUUAUACAAGGAGACAUUGGCUGUCACAAUAUUCUUCUAAAGGGCGACGACAUUAAAGUAUGCGAUUUUAGCGGCGCCUCAGUCGAUGGAAAGCCUCAUGGAGUUCGCUAUGAAAAACGAUCUCAGCGAUGGGGCGAUGCCGAGGAGAAUCCUUCCAUUGCGAAUGAAUUGUUUGCAUUAGGAUCAACCAUCUUUGAACUAUGGACCACUACGCGGCCUUAUGAAAACGAAACCGAUAAUAUAGUUGAGGAUAACUACAAACACCACCGCUUCCCAGACGUCGAGAACCUUCCCGUUGCCAAAGUUAUAAGAAAAUGCUGGCAUGGCACUUAUAGCUCUGCGGAUGAAGUUGUUGCCGAUCUCACACUAUGCUUUAGUUAGCAUCUUUCCAAUGCUUAUUCUAGCAGCAUGGGUCCAGCUGACUUAGGUGGUGUCCUCCCUAUAUGUCGGCGUACGACUAGGCAUAUUAGCUAGGCGUCAUGGACAAUAUAUCGAGGCAGCCUUACUAUUCUUAUCUUUAGUCGCUCAUUUUUGAAAACAGGACAAUCACCACUUUUUUGGGUAGAACCAAAUGCCGCUCGAGGAGAAGGACCGCGUCGCGACAGUGACGAUACGUGCCCUCAGGAUUUGGUUUAGAACAGAGGUAAUAGACUCGAUUAGGCUCCCUAAGGGCUUAUCAGAAUGUAGAUCAAAGUUUAUCACAGACUAAAGGAAGCAGCUGAGAAUCCACCGACUCUUACCAGACGGGAAAGCGAC